CCACCCCCGUCGUCUUCUCCACCGCGUUAUCUAGCAAUUUCUUCAUUUCUCCUCCCAAAACUAAAACCAAAUUCCCCAUUCAUUCCUACACUCUUUGUUCCUUCUCUCACUACUUUUUUGUUUCCUUCUUUCUUGCAGAAUCAAGUUUUAUUACUGGUAAGAAUUAGUGAUAAUAGUGACAGAUACUAUGAGCAGAAAUUUCAUCAGCUCACCAAACUGAGUUUGGAACCAUUCAGCCGCAGUAUGUGUUCCCGUUUUGUCUUUCCAUUUACCUUCAAUUUGCCCUUUUCCUAUCCAUCCCCCGUCUGCUCUCUCGUCGGCGCUAACCACACUUCUGCUCGUUUCUGCUCUCGAUAGUCGUAUAAUUUUCUGCCCUCUUUCUUUUUUCGACUUUGGCUUCUUCGGAGAUAUAAGUAUACUGUUAUACAUACAUUUUAUCACAGCAAAAAGGAUUCUUUUUUUCUUUUAUUUUUUUUUUUGAAUUUUUUGAUUGUUUUGUUUUUGAUGGAGCCGAGUGGGGGGAAGCCGAGCUUUUUGAGAAAUAUUCUGGUGCGUUUGUUUCUAUUCUGCGUGCUUGUGAUCGCUUUGCGAUUUGCUUACGUGGUCACAAUCCGUGGUGAAUCCUGUGACGUCGGUGAUUUCUGUUUCUUCACCUUACCGGAGAAUUUCAACGUCGUUGCCGGAGUAGGGCAGUUGGCGACAUCCUCUUCGUCUGCUAUUAUUUCAUCAUCCGGCAAAGAGGCGCCUUUGACGCCCAAGAAAAUCCCCGAUCUAUGGGCAACGGAAGGUUUCCAAAAAGCCGUGCAGUUUUACUCCUCGGUUUUUCAGGAUCUGAUGUCUGAAGCCAUUUUGAGCCCUAAUUUUAAAACCCUAUGUGUCGACACGGCCACAGGAGCUGAUGUUUUCGCCCUGAAGGAGAUCGGCGUGGAGGAUUCCGUUGGUAUUUCUAAGAAAGGUUUCAAGCCCUUGGUGAUUUCAGGCCAGGGUUUUAAGCAGCCGUUUGGUGAUGAGACUUUUGAUUUCGUUUUCUGCGGAGGUGGGGUGGUAGAAAAGUCGGUGAGGCCGGGUGAUUUAGCGGCGGAGAUUGGGAGGACGAUGAAGCCCGAAGGGUUUCUGGUCGUCCACACGGGGGCAAACGAUACCUAUAGUUUUGAAUCUUUACUUGGUUUGUUCAAUUUUUGUAGAUUGGUAAAGAGUCAAGAUUUUGGUGGGUUUGGUUCCAAAAUGCCAUUUGUUCGAGAAAUUGUUCUGCAAAAAUUUAGUGAAGCGGUGAAUUCCAAAGGAAUUAUUGAAAGCUCUAGUAGUGAUUCAGUGAAUAAAUGCUCGGUUCCAAGUUAUAAGCUGGAUUUGAUAAGGAAGGCAGAGCCUCUGAUAGAGGAAGAACCCAAAAAACCGUGGAUUACACUCAAGAAAAAUGUCCAGAAGAUAAAGUAUUUGCCUUCAAUGGUUGAUAUUAGUUUUAAGCCAAAGUAUGUAUAUGUUGAUGUUGGAGCUAGAAGCUACGGCUCAAGUAUCGUGAGUUGGUUUAGGAAGCAAUACCCAAAGCAGAACAAGACAUUUGAGAUUUAUGCAAUUGAAGCAGAUAAGACUUUCCAUGAUCAGUAUAAGUCCAAGAAAGGGGUUACUUUACUGCCCUAUGCGGCUUGGGUAAGGAAUGAGACCUUGUAUUUUGAGAUUAAUGGGGACCCUGGUCACAAAGAAGUGGAGAAAGGCAGAGGAAUGGGCAGGAUUCAACCGGUUCAGUCCUCUGAUGGUUCUACAUCAUCUGGUAAUGUCGAUCAGAUUCAAGGAUUUGAUUUUGCUGAUUGGUUGAUGAAUACAGUGUCGGAGAGGGACUAUGUGGUUAUGAAGAUGGACGUGGAAGGGACUGAAUUUGACUUGAUUCCCAGAUUGUUUGAAACGGGAGCUAUUUGCUUGAUUGAUGAGCUGUUUCUUGAAUGCCAUUAUAAUAGGUGGCAGAAGUGUUGUCCAGGUGAGAGGACGGCGAAGUACCAAAAAACGUAUGGGCAGUGCUUGAAUUUGUUUACUUCUCUCAGAAAAAGUGGAGUUCUAGUCCAUCAGUGGUGGUGACUGAGAUUUUAUUCUCAUUGAGAAUCAACUUGGUUGAUCGAUGUUGGAUGCCUUGUAUGUCAUAUCAAGGCGCUUGUAAUUCUUGCUGACAGCUGCACGAGUUUAGAAUGGCAAACUGCAUGCUGUUGUAAACUAUACAUUUCCUGAAUUUCUGUUCACAAGGUAAGAGCAGGUCCUUGAAGUUACUUAAAGAGUAUACUGUUGAUGCCACUGCUUACUGCUGAGUUGAACUUUGUUAUGGUGUUGAUUGGUUACGUCUUUGCCCAGCACA